AAGUUGCAGUAUAGACUAUUCUCUGCCUCACUGCACAUCUGCUAUAUUUCAAGGCACAUGGUCAACAUAAAGGAGUCUAAGGCUGAGUUGGUCAGCAUGUGUGGGGAAGAUGAGUCACCCCCUGGGUGUUGGGUCUCUCUGACUCUAUGACCCAACUAUUCAUGACAAAGUUUGCAAAUACCUAAAUUAACUUUUGGAGAAAUCAUACAGUAAUUUUUUCUUGAUCCAAAUAAAGAAAGAAAGAAAAUUACAUAAAAAAUAAAGACAAUUGCAUAAAAUCUAAACUACUGAGACUACUAAAACUUUUUUUUUUUUACCUAAACGCCUGUCAUCGUUUAUUAACACUGAUUUUUAUAGUAUACAGUCUAUGAUUAUGAUGUUUAAAAAACCUUUUUUCCCAGCCAUGUCACGUACUUGACCCUGGUUGUCAUGGUAACAGAAAACAGAAAUUUAGACCGACUUUUGGUUGGAGAUGAGUUGAGACUUUCGUUUUUAUGCUAAAUACAGGCUGUAAUCAAAAGAUUUUAAGAUUUUAUAACGUUACAUACCUAAUGUAAGCUAAAACAGCCGUCAAAACUGAAAAGAACCUACCAGCGGCAGCACCUCAGCAGGAUGAGCAACGUUUCAACGCUAACGUGCUCGAUGGAAAGUACAUGCUCGAGACAUGCCUCGUCAAUUCCCGAAGGUAACUCUGAGUGAGGCAGAGGAGGAGACACAGCUGCUAGCAGAGAAAGUAUAUGCAUCGGCGCUAAAGGAAGAAGACAACAAGGAUGCCUUGUCAAUUUUCACCGUACCUGAGGACUGUCCUAUUGGCCUCCAGCAAGCCAAGGAACACGAACUGCUUAAGGAGCUGGCUGAGCAACAGUCAGAGGAGAGUGCCAAGAGGAAGCAAAGCUUGAAGAUGAUUCGUUCCCAGUCAAUGUCCCUGCAGAUCCCAGUGAAUACAGACUGGACGCGGUCAGUGGCAGUUACGCCAUUCCUGUCUCCCAGCUCCACCUGCUCCUCAGUGCCAGAAAACUGCCCUGAUUACCAGAGAGUCACUAUUAGUGGUGAUUACUGUGCUGGAAUCACAGUGGAGGACUAUGAACAGGCUGCCAAAAGUCUGUUUAAAGCCCUGCUUAUUCGUGAGAAAUACUCAAAGCUAGCCUAUCAUAGAUUCUGCAGAACCACAGCCCAGUUCCUCCGCAGUGCUGAGAACAUGAGAUGGAGCGAAGAAGAUGAGGUUCUACCAGGUUUGAAGUGUAUAUGCAUUAUGGUAUUUGAAAAGCUACACCCACUGAUGUUUUAUUCUGGUUUAUAUGACAGUAACAGAACAAUGUUGUGGCCUCCAGAUAUGUGCCCGUAUCCAACAGAUGGGGAGGAUCCCUACAGCAUGGAGAACAUCCCUGAGAAUCUGAACUAUGAACUGAAGAUGAAGGACGGGAUAGUGUAUGUGUAUGACAAUGCUGCGGCUCUGAGAGAAAACCAACCCCACGACCUUCCUUACCCAGACUUAGAGACCUUUGCCAUCGACCUCAGUCAUGUGCUGGCAAUGAUUGCAGAUGGACCCACGAAGACCUACUGUCAUAGAAGACUAAAUUUCUUGACUUCAAAGUUCUACCUCCAUGAGAUGCUCAAUGAGAUGGCUGAGCUAAAGGAACUGAAACGUGUGCCUCACAGAGAUUUCUACAAUGUUAGAAAGGUAGACACGCAUAUUCAUGCAGCUGCCUGCAUGUCUCAGAAACACCUGCUGACCUUCAUCCAGGAAACAUAUAAGACUGAUGCUGACCGUGUGGUUUCGGAAAAGGCAGGACGAAAGAUGACUCUCCAACAGGUUUUCCACAACCUCAAUAAGGACCCCUAUGACCUUACCGUGGACUCUCUGGAUGUACAUGCUGGGAGACACACCUUCCACCGGUUUGAUAAGUUCAAUUCAAAGUAUAACCCAGUGGGAGCCAGUGAACUUCGAGAAAUCUUCCUGAAAACAGACAACCUCAUUAAUGGAGAGUAUUUUGCUCGCAUCAUAAAGGAAGUGGCCCAUGACCUGGAGGAGAGUAAGUACCAGCAUGCAGAGCCACGCCUUUCCAUCUACGGACGCUCUCCAGAGGAGUGGCACAGUCUGUCUAAGUGGUUUAUUCAACACAAAGUACACUCUCCAAACAUGAGGUGGAUCAUUCAAGUGCCCAGAAUAUAUGAUAUUUUCAAGUCGAAGAAGCUGGUACCUAAUUUUGCCAAGAUGCUGGAGAACAUCUUCCUUCCUCUAUUUGAGGCCACUGUUAACCCACAGAAGCACAAAGAACUUCAUGUUUUCCUCAAAUAUGUGUCAGGAUUUGACAGCGUGGACGAUGAGUCCAAACACAGCGAUCACAUGUUCUCCUUCAGGAGCCCAAAGCCAGAACAGUGGACUACAGAUGAUAACCCUCCCUACAGCUACUACAUCUUCCACAUGUAUGCAAACAUCAUGGUCCUCAACAACCUCAGAAAAGAGCAUGGACUGAGCACCUUCCAGUUCCGUCCCCAUUGCGGAGAAGCUGGAUCAAUCACUCAUUUGGUCUCUGCCUUUCUCACAUCUGACAACAUCUCACAUGGACUCAACUUGAAGAAGAGCCCUGUACUGCAGUACCUGUACUACCUGGCCCAGGUGCCAAUUGCAAUGUCUCCACUCAGCAACAACAGCCUGUUCCUGGAAUACUCCAAAAACCCUCUCAGAGAGUUCCUGCACAAAGGCCUGUGUGUGUCCCUGUCCACAGAUGAUCCCAUGCAGUUCCACUACACCAAGGAACCACUGAUGGAAGAGUACGCUAUAGCAGCUCAGCUGUGGAAGCUCAGCACCUGUGAUGUGUGUGAAAUAGCCAGGAACAGUGUGCUGCAAAGUGGACUAGCUCACCAGGAUAAGAAGCACUUCUUAGGAGCAAACUAUCUGAAAGAUGGACCUGAAGGGAACGAUAUCCGUCGGACCAACGUCGCCCAGAUCCGCAUGGCCUACAGACACGAGACACUGUGCAAUGAACUUAGCUUCAUAGUCGACGCAGUGAAGUCUGAAGCUAUGAAUUCCCAGUAUGAAUAAAAUGGACCUCGCAUUAGACAGAAUCCAAGCAUGCUGAGCUCUCAGUAAUCACCAUUUGCCUUUAUUUUGAAAAGUGCCAGUGAGUGACUGUGAUGAAAAAUACAAUAUCCUGUCAAUUAAAAAGCAAUGCUUAGCUGGUCACAAGUUGAUAACAAAGGAGUUUGAUAAAGUGAAGACACAUGCCUUGGAUGACUGGAUGCACUUUGGCUCUCAAAGGUUUAGACAAAAGCUGUGGAGGGCCAGACAUGUGUGAAGUAGAUUUACAUGUUUGUCAUUACACAAACCCACCACGUAUAAACAAUUGUACCUUACACUCCAUUUUGUGAUGUCAUAAACUUGAAGUUUCAGUUACUGUAUACACUGUACAUCGGACAUAAGAACACUUAUGGUCGAGAGAGCUUUACACAAUGUUGGUUCAGACAACUCUGAUAAGAAAUAAAUGAUGUCUGGGA